AUGAAAUCCUCCCCUAUCAUUUAUUCCCUUACUCCGAGGUUCUCUUACCAACCAGCUGCUGCCACCUGGCAAAGCCAUGUCAAGUGUGAACCUGCAUAUUUUAUUGUGGUUCUACAUCAUCUACAAACUGUAGUAAUUGCUAUACGUGGAACUGAAACGCCCGAGGACCUGAUAACUGAUGGGUUAUGCAAGGAAUGCACCCUUUCUGCAGAAGACUUGUCUGGUUUGAUAAACUCCAACUACAUUCGUUCUGAUAUACACAAAAAUGUGACUUCAUCAUUCCCCCACUAUGGGCAUUCGGGUAUAGUUGAGGCUGCACGAGAGGUUUAUAUGCAGAUUGAAGGAAACCCUGGAGAGCAUGACACUGAAUCCUAUGGGCUUCUUUCUAAAUUGCUGGGAUUUGGCUGUGAGUGCUUUGGGUAUAAUGUCCGCAUAGUUGGCCAUUCACUUGGGGGUGCUAUAGCUGCAUUGCUUGGAAUAAAACUUUAUAACCGAUACCCCAAUCUGCAUGUUUACUCAUAUGGGCCACUCCCAUGUGUGGAUUUAGUUGUGGCUAAUGCAUGUUCGUCAUUUAUAACAAGCAUUAUAUACGGAAAUGAGUUUUCAUCCCGCCUUUCAAUUGGAUCCAUGAUGAGGCUGAGGGCAGCUGCUAUCACACUACUGGCACAAGAUCCUAAAGCUGACAGUGCCAUGAUUUUCAGACUUGCUCGUCGGUUUCUAUUUAUAAGCCAAUAUGAAAGAAAUGAUCAAGAGGCAGAGCAUGAAGGCAGCAACGAUCAAGUGGUUCAAGAUGCUUCACUCUGGACUGAGGCUAGUAAAAGGGAUCUUCUUGUUAUAGCUGACCAUGGUGAUGACGAACAUGAUGAAAUUUCACUCUGGGCUGAUAGUAGGUCAAGUGACCAUAUCGUUGAAAUUAAUAAUGCUGAUUUUACAAAUUCUUUUGCUUUAGACGUACAUUCAAGAGAUGAUCCCGUGUCACAGUUUAAUCCUUUUGCUUCAGACGUACAUUCAAGAGAUGAUCCCGUGUCACAGUUUAAUCCUUUUGCUUCAGACGUACAUUCAAGAGAUGAUCCCGUGUCACAGUUUAUAGAUUCUGUUCCAACUUCUGAAAACCAGUCUGCUGAUGAUCCCCCAGAGAUGUAUUUGCCGGGAUUCAUAAUUCAUAUCGUCCCAGACAAGAAAAGACCUCAAACCGAUCUUAAGAGAUCUUGGAGAACGAUGGAGAGGGAGAGAUGUUAUAGAGCUUACGUAGCAAAUAGAGAGAAUUUCAAUGAUAUUAUUGUUUCACCAUCCAUGUUCCUCGAUCAUCUCCCUUGGAGAUGUCAUAAAGCCUUGCAAAAAAUAUUGAAAGAUGAAACUACCAAAGAUCAAAUAACGGAAUGUCACUUAAGCUGA